GUGCGCGAUGACGUCAGACAGCGGUCGACGUGAAGAUGUCCGGCAUGGCGCUGUCAGCUGAGCUACAGUUCCGAGAUGGACAGAGACGGAAAAUAUGCGUUCAAGUAGAAAAUAAACUGAGUUCUCUAAUCACCGGAAUAAACGAUCUGAUCGUGAACGUCUCACAGCUCCUCAGUGAGCUGGUGGAGCAGGAGAAGUCGCACGGAGACUGCGCAGUAGGUGAAGAAGAUGAGGUCAGCGAUGAAGAAGAUGAAGAGCGUGAGGAUCCCCCAGACUAUGAACUACAACCUUCAACUAAAAGAUUCAAACUGUGAAACACUGUUUACAUGUUUACUUAUGAUGUCAGCUGAUCAGUCCCAUGAGUAGAAACCAAAUAAACAGUUACAGGUUAAAUGUU